AGCAUAUUGAAUUGAUUAUUCAAUGAUUGUAUUCUCUGACUUCUGAGACUUCUCUGUUUGUUUUAUAAUCUUUGCUCUCUGUUCUGUAUCUGCACAGCCUGGCUGUGCCUUGUAUCAUAAAAUGUGAAACAUUACAACUUCUCUGCAAAUUUAAUCUGACGAACGAAAAUUGAAAAUGCUGAAGAAGCUGAUCCUGGUGCAGAAGCUCGACCGAAAGGUCAGGGAGUGUGACGAAAUGAACGAGUGUAUUGGGCCAAUGCUCAAAUUGCUCACAGCUGAAAAAAACAAACUCAUGAUUCAAAGACUGGAGAUUGAGAGUGAGUUGCGUCAAAUGGGACAAGAUCCUCGGGCUAUCCUUAAGUCCCUCGGACUUGAAAGCAGCUCUGGCACUGCCGAAAUUGAAGACCACCUGUUGGCCAGUUCUUUUGAUGAAACUUUGGACCAAGACGAGGAAAGUGCCAGUGGCCUGUACGAAGAGGAUCUCAAUUUGGACCAGGUUGGUCCUGUGGACUUGAUCUACCUCAAACAUGGAGAGGUCGAGGAGGAGGAAGAGGACGAUGAUGAUGAGGAGGAGGAAGAGCUGAAAGAGUGGAUCAACAAUAAUGUGGAACUGAAAGAUGGUGUAUUUUGCAAAGACAUUAGCCAACUCAAAAUUGACGACGAAGAGGAUGAUUCCGAUGAAGAAAUUUAGGAUUAAUUGCUAAUAAUUUUCCUCCAUCAUGCUUUUAAUUUUGUUCAAGAAAACUCCUUAAAGGAAGGUCAAUGUAGUAUUCAGUCAAAAGGAA